CAAUGAUAUAGCACGUACAUAAAUAGCGGCACAAUAACCACAUGUUUUCCAUUGGAAAAGAUAUUUCGUACUGACAAUAUCCAGAACUUCACUACUGCAACGACAGUUCAGGUAUAAAGGUGCUUUUCGGAAGAAAAUGAAUAACGAAGCACAAGAGCAAAAGGAUCAAGGAUGGAGUUUAUCGUAUGGAAGAAAAGCCUUCUAUGCCCCAAGAAGACCUCAAGACAGACCAAUGCCUAGCGCAAGACAUGGAAUAAACCGCUGGAGAAUUGAACCGAGAUCAAUAUUUGAUUACGACCCCGUCGAGGAUGGCAAAGAAUCUCUGAGUCUCAGCUAUCUUCACGAAUCACACGAGAGAACUGUAUACGAAGGAUAUGGAAAACGAGAGUUCCAUCGUGCGAGAGAAGACAAUUCCCUUGGUAUUGAAGAAUUUUUUGACCCAGCACACGACAACAAACCGUCUUUGGUUUCAUUCCAUCCAAGUUUCCGGCCGAAGACAGCCGAGCCACAGAACGAUUCAGACUCAACAGCAAAAAUUACUGAAUCUGGUUCGAAUAUAUCUGAUAACAUGAAAACAGCAAUAGAAUCUCAAGCUGUGGAGGAAAUAGCAAAUGAUACUCCUGACUUUGGAUCAAAUUCAUUGCAGACUUCAACCGGACUACGUUCAUUUGUUUAUUCGCCCAUCCCGUUUGGAUACCACGAAUUCGUUCCGCCAGAAGUUCCAAUCUACACCAAUUUCAAUCGUGUGCCCACUCCCUUCACAAAGAAAUAAACUGUUUGGUAUUUUACAAUGAAGUAUCGCUAGGCUCCUUAUAAUUAUUAAAUGACCCCAAUCUGUUUUAAAUUUCCAUAUUCUGAUAAAGUGGAAAGUUUCACCGCCAUCAUGCUUUUGCCUAAAUACUAAGCAUAUUACGCUCAAAAUAUUCAUCACUUCUUCUACAUUUUAUUUAUAAAAAAUAAUAUUUUAUUCUGUAUUAUUGCCAUAUAUCAAAGAUUCAAUAUUGCAAUUAUUUUCUGGUGGAAUUUUCGGCCUUUGCCACAGCUUUUUUUUAUGAUAUAUGAAAUAAAGAUUCAACUGUGCAAAAA